AUGUACAUACCCAAUCCAAUAUUCACCUAUUACGGCCAAGCCACCACGAAGCGUGGAGUACGUCCUGACGAGCAUGCCAUUGCCUAUUCGCUAGGACAGCAACCACAACUUGUACAGGGUGAAGCGCCGCUCCGGAAGGUUCCCAUCCCAAUCGAAAUGGAGGAAAACAACAGGGCGCUGGUCCCAGCCUCCAGAAUUUACUUCGCCAUCCACCACCCGAUUCAGUACAACGUCAAGGUGAAAAACCUCGGCCACGUGCAUCCAGAUUAUCUUCCCACUUUCCUUGGCUACUGGAACCAGGAGAACACUGACUCACAGGACGACCCUGAUGUGGCACAAAACCCAAACAAUACGGACAAUUUCUAA